ACAGAAUUCGCUGUUUACUACCAUGGAGCCGCUUCAUAUUAAAACACCUCUGCUUGAGAGCCAUGCUAUGACAAAACUGACAGGAUUUCCUGUUUACUUGAAGCUAGAGAACGUACAACCACCAGGAUCCUUCAAGAUUCGAGGAAUUGGAAAUUUGUGCCAGAAGGCCAUGCAAAGAGGAUGCAACCAUAUGGUUUGUUCAUCAGGUGGAAAUGCUGGGCUUGCAGCAGCAUAUGCAGCUAAGAAGCUUAAGAUCCCUUGCACUGUGAUUGUGCCAGGGUCAACACCAAUGUUUAUUGUGGAAAGACUGAGGGAAGAGGGAGCUACAGUUGAAAUCUGUGGCAGUUCUUGGGAUGAUGCAGAUGCAAGAACUUUAACACUAGCAAAGCAGCCAGGCUAUGCAUAUAUUCCACCAUUUAAUCACCCAGAUAUCUGGGAGGGUGUGGCCUCUGUUAUUCACGAAUCAGCUGAACAGCUGCCAGAGAAGCCAAGCAUUGUUGUGGUAUCUGUUGGUGGAGGGGGACUGUUGUCUGGGGUGCUACAAGGUAUGCACAAUGUAGGGUGGACUGAUGUCCCUGUUGUUGCCAUGGAGACUAAAGGAGCAGACAGUUUUAACGCAUCUGUUCAAGCAGGGGAGCUUGUUACAUUAGAUGCUAUUACAAGCGUUGCAAAGUGUUUAGGUGCAAGAAGAGUAGCAGCAAAUGCACUUGAAUGGACCAAGAACCACGCUAUUAUAAGUCAUGCGUGUAGUGACAAGGAAGCUGUCUUGGCAUGCGACAAAUUUGCAGAUGAUCACCGCAUGUUAGUAGAACCAGCUUGUGGCGCGGCCUUGGCAUGUGUGUAUGAACGACUUUUCAAAGUGUGGCAAGAGCAAGGAAAGCUUGGGGAACUAAAAUCAGCUCUUGUCAUUGUCUGCGGGGGAAAUUUAGUGUCGUUGAAAGCAAUGAAAGAAUGGAAAGACCAACUUGGGCUUAGUUAAGGGAUAAAAUCACUGUGGAAAACGAAAAACAUUACAGGACACCAUAACUACCAUUCCUCUAUAUCAUUCGACAUUUGAUUAGACAAGGGUGCAGGAACUGUACCGUGAUUGGUCAAGCCAAUUUGCCAAUCAACAGUAAGGAAGCAUCAACGGGAUAGAAGGGAAGAAUUGCCACUUGUUUUCUUCACUUGGAGCAGCAAGUAAUUUUUAUUAACUUCUCACCGACUGAAGGGCAAAAAAAUGACAGUAUUUUUAACCUUUGACUUAUGUACAAAAAGUAUGAUUACAAUCUUUCUCAAAUCUGAUUUUUACACUACAUGACAACUGAACAAUUUAUAGAUGACCUUAUGCCAGUAUUAUCCAAAGAAAUAUUUUACAACUGUUCUUUUUAGAGGGAAUGAAGAGAUAUCUUACAGAAGCUUUAUAUUUUCCUUGUGAACCUUUAUUUAUUUCCUAUGGAAAAGAAAGAGAGAAUACAAUGUGAGUUACUUCCAAAUCCAAAAUUACAAAUGCUGCAAAUUCAAAGAAAUGGCAAUCACCAGAAGUGGGGAAAAUUUUACCAAAGGAAAAUUGAAACUCCACAAGUCGAACUUACGAGACAAGUCGGUAAAUUCCGUAAGAAAUGAGAGCUCCGGCAGCAACCACUACACAAGCUUUUCUGUAGAGAGAGGUUUACCAUUAAAUAACACCUUCCAAGAAAGUUACCCAACUUAUAAAUUUAGAUAGAUAUCAGGCGUAAAGUCAAGAUACACAUUAAGUAUGAAUGACCGCGUGAAUGACACAGAUUUUGGCAUCUAGUUAGAAACUUUCAUAAUUUAAAGGAGCUGUCGGAUUAUUUGAUUGUGCCCUUCAACAACAUGUUUUGCAUUUUUUGCAUACGAAGCAGGAGCAGAAAGAAAGACGAAUCCUCUCAAGUGCCCCCUUAAAACCUACCAAACAUACGUGUAGAAGACUCGUGUAACAAAGGCAUAAUCUAGUAUGAAAGUAGCGGGAAAUGAUGAAUAAAAUUCAACUGCGUCCAACA